GUGUACGCACAGCAUAAUUGAUUCAUUUAAGCGACGCCCAGAAGGAUGAACGCCACUUUCUUGAUCAUCAUCCUCUCCAUUACAGAAACCAGAUUAUGUAUCCCAGACUAAUUUUAUUAAAAUGUGCAACUUUACUGUUGUUAAUUUUCUGCAGGAUGACUUUAUCACAAAAUGUCAUUGAAACUCUGCCAGGGUAUCCUGGCAAACUUCCAUUCAGACUUGAAACUGGUUACGUCGGUAUAGGAGAAUCGGAAGAAGUGCAGCUAUUUUAUUAUUUCAUCGAGUCUGAAAGGAACCCAAAAGAUGAUCCCUUAAUGAUUUGGCUCACUGGAGGCCCGGCUUGCUCUGGUCUCUCAGGUCUUAUAUAUGAGAUGGGUAUGUUUCGGGUCUUUAUACUGUUUUUGGCUCAAAAUUGAAUUUGCUAUUAACCG